AUGGCGUCCCUGCAGCCAUCCCGCUGGGCGGCCAGCCUCCCGAUCCGACCGUGCCUCUCGGCCGUCUCCCCGAGCAGCACCGGCAGCAGCAUAACCUCCCGAGUCCUCAUCACAGCCCGCGGCCAGGCCCUGCUCCCGCGCACGGCGCGCCGCGGCGUCAAGUACGGCUGGUCGACGCAGCCGCCGCGCAGCAAGCCCAACCGCUUCAACCAGGUGUCGUCGGGCCUGCCGGCGCCGACGGCGGGCCCGGCCGCGGCCCUCAAGCGCAAGGAGAGGAGCACGCCGGUGCGGACGGGCGUGCUGGCCAUCAAGAAGGGCGUGUCGGCCAUGUUCGCCCAGGGCCGCCGCACGCCGUGCACCAUCCUGCAGCUGGACCAGGUCGAGGUGGUGGCGCACCGCACGCGCGCCCAGAACGGCUACUGGGCCGUGCAGCUCGGCUGCGGGCUGCGGCGCGCGGGCAACGUCACGGCGCCGCAGCUGGGCUACUACGAGGCGAAAGGCCUGGCGCCCAAGCAGCACCUGGCCGAGUUCAAGGUCCGCGGCGAGGAGGGCCUGCUGCCCGUGGGCGUGCAGCUGCAGCCCGACUGGUUCAAGCUCGGCCAGUUCGUCGACGCCCGCAGCAACAGCCGCGGCAUGGGCUUCGCCGGCGGCAUGAAGCGCCACGGCUUCGCCGGCCAGGAGGCGUCCCACGGUAACUCCAAGAACCACCGCACCAUCGGUACGACGGGUCCCAGCCAGGGCGGCGGCUCGCGUGUGCACCCGGGCAAGAAGAUGCCGGGGCGGAUGGGCGGCGAGCGCGUCACGGUGCAGAACCUGCGGGUGCUCAAGGUCGACAACGAGCAGGGCAUCGUCGUCAUCAAGGGCCACGUCGCCGGCCCCAAGGGCUGCCUGGUCAUGCUGGCGGACGCCAUCAAGAAGGAGCCGCCGGUCGAGUCUUUUGUCAACAAGGCGAGGCGGGUCGCGCUGGAGCGGAAUCCCGACGCCGAGAGCAGGCUGGCGGAGGCGAGGGCGCGCCACCUGGAGUUGAAGGCCAUGCGGAAGGAGGGCACGAUAGCGACCGCGGUGGUCGCAGGUGUAUAG